AAAGCCAUUUGUUCUAAAUGCUGGUGUUGCUACAGUUCAAUCUAAUGAUCAAGAAGAGACUCAAGUUGUCAAGUCAAUCACAGAGGAUGAAGACAAGGCAAUUAAAGCGAAGGUGCAGUUGAUGAAGGAAACACUAAAAUCGAUGCAAGGUGUCCAAACCAAUAAACCGGUUGACAUCUCAUCUUUGUGCUUUUUCCCAAACAUUCAACUACCCCAUAAGUUUAAAUUGCCUGAGUUUGAUAAGUACAAUGGCACUGGUUGUCCUUAUGCCCACUUGACGAUGUAUUGUAGGAAGAUGGCUCCUUAUGCCAAUGACGAGAAGCUAAUGAUACAUUACUUUCAUGACAGUCUGACAGGUCUUGCAGAUGCUUGUUGGUUGUUGUGGGAGAACAAGUGGAGGAUGGUUGUUGUGGGAGAACAAGUGGAAGAUGGAAUCAAGUCUGGGAUUAUCAUGGAUUAUCAAGCAAUGAAGAGUCUCCUUGAACAAUACCAAAAUGAUAGUUCAGGGGUUUCUAGUUCAAAGAAAGUGGGCCAGAAUCAAAAGAAGGAGAAUGAGAAUAGCACUAUAAGUUCAGUUUAUGAGGCACAUAAUCAGUCACGAGGGCAGUUCAACAAUCGGUUCCAAGCUCCAACUUAUCAAUCAACGGCUUUCAUAAGUCAAUCAAAACCUGUUUAUGCCUCUGGGACAAGUCGUCCACAACAAGAGAAAAAGAGACGUUAUUUUGAUAAACUUCCAACGUCAUAUACUGAAGUGUUUCGACAGUUGAUAGCAGCUAGGCUUGUUACCCCCGUACCUAUGGUGCCAUUAAAUCCACCAUUUCCAAUAUGGUAUAACCCACAAGCAAGAUGUGAAUACCAUAGUGGAGGUGUUGGGCAUGACCUUGAAAAUUGUCUUGCUUUAAAGCACCGUGUCCAAGAUCUAAUAGAUGCAAAGGAGUUACAAAUUACAUCAGAACCUGAGGUUGUUGGUCCAAAUGUCACUAAAAACCCUUUACCCACACAUGAUGGUCCAACAGUUAAUAUGAUCGAGAAAGACUCCGAUAAAGGUCAUGAGGUGACUACAUCAACAAAUAAUGAUGGUUUGAGCACUUCUUUUGAGAAGUUGAGCAUAUGUGUCAUUGAUGAAGCAAAGGGUGAUGACAAGCUUAUUUUGCCUACUCAUGGUGAAGCUUUAGACAACAAGAUAGUGGAGAUUCUUCCUGUUCCUAUCAUUAAAUCGUAAGAUGUGUCAAUCUUCUUGUGGUUGAGCUUGUGACCAUGAGAAGAGAUGGUUAAAACAAGCCUUUUAUAUUUUAUGAAGCAUUGUAGGCAUGACAAAUAAUGUUCCAUUUAGUCCAUUUCAAUCAAUGAUGUUACUUUCA